AUGUGGACAGUCUUACUGAUCGCUUCGACGGUGUGGGCUUUUGUAGCGUUGCAGUGCGGCGCGACAGACAAUUUGCCAACUGAUCGUGGUAAGCUGCGCAAGCUGUUCCCACUAACGAUCGUACAUAUGAACGAUCUGCAUGCACGCUUUGCGGAAACUUCAGAAAGAUCGUCCAAAUGCAAGGCUAGCGAGGGUGACACGUGCAUCGCCGGCAUUGCACGGGUAUUCCACACCGUGCAGACGCUCAGAAAGAGACAUCCGAAUCCACUGUUCUUCAAUGUCGGUGACAAUUAUCAAGGCACGAUCUGGUACAACUAUCACCGGUGGAAAGUAGUCGCGCGGUUCAUCAAACUACUGCACCCCGAGGCGAUGACACUCGGAAACCAUGAGUUUGAUGAUGGCCUAAAAGGUUUAAUCCCGUAUCUGGAAGCACUCGCAAGCAUGAAGAUUCCAACGGUGGCAACAAAUUUAAUCCGAUCGAAGGAACCGUUUCCUGCCCUGCCUCCUUCGGUGAUACUCAACCGGAAUGGACGAUCGAUCGGCAUUAUAGGCGUGAUAGCUGAUAAAACACACGAGCUUUCCAACACUGAAAGCAUCACAUUUUCCGAUUCGGUUGCCGCGGUACGUACUGAGUCGGAAGCGCUGAAGCAACGCGGUGUGAACAUUAUAGUGGUUUUGUCGCACUGCGGUCUGGAGGUUGAUAAACAGAUCGCUCAAGAGGCGGGAGAUCACGUGGAUGUGAUCGUGGGGGGACAUUCGCAUUCGUUUCUGUUUCCAAACGCUUCCAGCAAACCGUACAAUAAAUUGGAUAAAAUACUCGGCGAUUACCCGGUGGUGGUGCACAACAAGAACGGACGUAAGAUCUUGAUUGUUCAAGCCUAUGCCUACGGUAAGUAUGUUGGCCGUUUGACGACUUACUUUAAUGCGCAAGGCGAAGUAGAGUACUGGGACGGAUUCCCGGUGUACCUCUCCAACAGAAUUCCACAGAGUCGAGCGGCGCUUAAAAUUCUGGAACCCUAUCGGCGCCAGGUGGAAGCUUACGGGGCGACCAAAAUUGCCGAAACCAAGAUUGAUCUCGUGCAGGACACCUGCCGGCUUAGAGAGUGUAACUUGGGAUGCCUUGUGGCGGAUGCGAUUGUCGACUACUACACCAACGAAACGUUCCACCCGGUAGCUGUUAUCAAUGCCGGGAACUUUCGCACACCCAUACCCCGCGGAUAUAUUACCAACGAAGAGGCAAUCGGAGCGAGCCCAUUCUCGAACACGGUCGAUCUGGUGACGCUGCGCGGUGACGCACUGUGGAACAUCGUCGAGCACUCGAUCGUGUGGGAUAGUGUGAAGCGCAUGAACGUGGCACAGGUGUCGGGUUUGCGUGUAGUGGCGGAUCUCGAUCGCGCACCGUACCACCGGGUACUCUCGAUCGAGGUACGUAACUUGCACGAUGGUAGCACUUACGAGCCAUUGAAUAGGGCGGCUACUUAUAAGCUGGUGACAUUAUCGUUCAUCGCCACCGGCAAGGAUGGAUUCCGCUGGGCGUUGGAGCGGCUCGACCGUCAAAUCGGUCCGCUCGAUUCGGACGUAUUUAUCCAGUACCUCAAGAAGCUUAAGGUGGUAAACGACGAAAAUCUAACCUGUGGUAGAAUGAUCAUAAACGGUACGAUCAAGUCGUAA